AUGUUUGAUGGGAUGUUGAAAAGCAAGUUCUAUUGCAAAUGCAAAUCGGAUGUUAAGCUGACGAGAGCACGAGCUGAUUUGGUUAAGAAGAAGAGAAACGCAAUGCAAAAGUAUCUGAGGAAUGAUAUUGCAGAUCUUCUUAAAAAUGGACUGGAUAUUAACGCCUAUGGCAGGGCUGAAGGACUUCUGGUUGAGAUGAAUUUGACGAGCUGUUACGAGUUUGUCGACCAAUGUUGUGAACAUAUAUCAAAGAAUCUUUCGGCUAUGGACAAACAGAAGGAAUGCCCUGAAGAAUGCAGAGAAGCCGUGUCAUCUCUGAUGUUCGCAGCUGCACGAUAUGCUGACAUGCCCGAACUGCGUGAGCUUAGAACUCUAUUUUCAGAGAGAUAUGGGAAUUCCCUUGACCUCUUUAUCAAUAAAGAGUUUUCUGAGAAUAUGAGGUCUUGCCUGCCCUCAAAAGAAUCAAAACUUCAGCUUUUGCAAGAAAUAGCUGCUGAGUCUGGUUUGGACUGGGACUCGAAAGCUUUGGAAAAUAAGCUCUAUAAUGAAUCUGCAUAUAAUAAGAAGGAAUCCAAUGAUAAAGUUACGAGAAAUGAAGACAGGCUGCCCAAGAAAAAUCAAACCCCCGAGCUUCGAAAAAGGCACGAUCAAGUCCCUCCAGUCAAGGACAUUCAAGUUGACACCAUUACUAGAACCGAAAAACCCAAAGGCGAGGAGCUUGUGAAGAAGGUCCAGACGCACGAAACUGAUGAAAAGCUCCUCGAGCAAAAAAAAUCAAUCCCUGCUCCCCCUUACACCAAACCCGAACCGAACAAACCGGGACCAGAAAUCAGGCCUGUUCCAAAAUCAGUUCGGAGGCGUUUUACGAAGCCCGAAAUCAAGGAGGAAGAUAACAUCCAACGAUUAAACAGAGAGAAAGCCGAACAAGGGCAGAGAAUCUUGAGGUUCUUGGACAAUGAUGGCCGGAAGCACAAGGAUGAAGAAGAGAAGAUGAUGGACAGGCUUCUGCGGCACUAUAGCAAGAAAAACGGGCAGUCCUCAGUAGCGGAUGAGAAGGGCAAAUCUGUAAAACCGCACAGAGCAAACAGGGUGGGGUCGCUCCCUGCUGCCCUGCUGGACCACCCCCCGGAGGAAGCUUCUAUGAAACACAGCCGGACUUUCUCGUUGGAUAACAAUAAUGCACACGUGCAUCCCAAGCUGCCGGAUUAUGAUGAUUUUGUGGCUAGGCUUGCUGAACUUAGAAAGAACAGAGGAAAUUGA